UAUAAUUACUUGAAAUCACUCAAAACAUGAUUGUCAAGCAUUUUGCUCUUUUGUAUAAAAAAAAUAUAUUGAAUUCAUUUCUUUUAUUUUUAGAUGUUCACAAUAAGUAAGUUAAAGGGGACAAAACCCAAACCUUAUUCAAACCCUCUUAAGGUCAAAGUCUGUGGUGUAGAUACAUCUGGAAGCUACACAACAUCUGCAGGACAAAAGAAGGAGAGUGUUGUCAUAGGUGUAGCGGACAGAGAUUCUUCAAUGAAUGUGAUCGUUUAUAACCUUGAAAAGCUUUCAAGUUUGAAGGUAUCAGACACUGUUAUGCUCACAAACUAUGUUUUCAAAUUGGACCCAGAGCCAGUUGUGAUCUUAACAAAGGUCAGCAAAAUCAUGAAAACAUCCAGUAUUGAUGUCCCUCAAAAGGUCAUUGAUGAAGCAAAAAGCAUUAGUCAUCCACCACCUGCUGAGACCAUCAGCCUAAAAACAGCAAAGACCUCUCCAGUUAAAACAUUGAUCAGUGUCAAAGGGAGAGUCACUUCGGAAGAAAUGGUGAGGACCGUUCAAGUGAAGGGACAGGAUGUCGCUGUGCAAAACAUCAAGAUAAAAGAUGACACCGAUGAAAUGAAAGUCAGUCUUUGGCGAGAAAUUACUGCAACUUGUACUGUAGGAAACUUCCUAGAAAUCACAAAUGUAGUUGUGAACCAUUUCCAGGAAGACAUUUCCUUGUCAACCACUUCAAAAACACAAAUACAGAAAUGCGAAGCUCCACCAUCCAUUUUGAAAGGCAGUGUUAUUGCUUAUGAAAAGACUGAGUUGGGAUUUUCCCUUAUGAUCGAAGAAGGAGAAAGCUUUCAAAAUGUUGACGUAUCAAUGAACUUGGUCAUGAAGGCUCUUCAGUGUCAAGAAAAUGCAACUGAAACAACCCUGUCAGAAAAAAUUCCAUUCCAGUGCAUUGUCCAAAAUGUUAAUGGAAAUGUAGAGGCCUUCUCCACUGCUUGAACAUCACAGAAGAUGUGAAAUGGAUAUAUGUAUAAUGAAAACCAAUUACAUUGUAUGCAGCUAGUACUUGUUAAUUCAGUUAUGGGUUUUUCUACUUUGUUAAAGAUAACACAUGAUUUUUUUGUCCUAUUCCAGACAUAAUUAUUCAUAAAGCAAUUUUGUCAAUGAUACUACAAUUACUUGUAAUUGAAAUAAAGGAAAAUGCUCAUGAGGUCAUCAAAAUUAUGUUUUUGAUUGUUUGGGUUUCUUUCUUUUUUGGGAGUGUGCUUUUUCUCCCUUUGAUUAAAGUAUUGUGUCAUGUCUAGGGGUCCGUGUUUGCCGAACUAUCUAUUUUGUAUUGCUUGUAGGAGUUAUGAGAUUGAUCACUAUUCGUUAUCUUCACCUUGCAUCAUGAAUACUCUAUAUGUAAAUCUCUUGUUGACUGGACAUUUGUGUUCUUAGAGAAAUUUGUACUUUGUCAAUAUAAUUUCCAAUACUUAACACUUUUUUGUCUUCAACUAAUACAUUCCCUUUAAAAUACAAAUUGUGUAAGCUAACCACAGAGACGUUAUGUUGUAAAGACAAACUUGACUGUAUCAGCAAAGGAUUUUUCACAAUGAUCGUCUCCAAAGUUAAUUUGAAAGUGUGUCUCUCAACAUUUAUUUAUAAAUAGGUAUUCUUUAAUGAUGCUGCUAGUCUUCUAUAGUAUAUUAUUACAUUGUAAAUAUUCUGUUUUACUCAUUUGCAUUGACAACGUUUGUGAUCAGUAUUCUGAAAGAUUUUUGUGAUUUUGGUUUGUAUUUUUCUUUGGACAUGACAUGUGCAAAUAAUUUGUACAGCUGCUUCUGUGACAUCUUUUACUUGUAAGCCACAGAAGUUUCAUAUUCUUUUAGUUGUGAUCUGAACAUUGGUGUUACAUUAGAUUAUUUUAGUUUAGUCAAUAGACAUUAGUGUUUCUUCAUUUUCAUUCCCAUUUCUUGAUGUGUCCCAAUGAAUAUUAAAUGUCUUCAUUAUAAAUGUAACAUACCAUUUCUAGAGACAUUUGUGAUUUUGAUGGUGCAGAUUGUUCAUUUAUUGAGUAUUUGUAAAGCACAGCAAUUGUUAACAAUUUUAAUUAUUGUAACAUGUUAAGCUGAAGGUCUAUUUGAAGUAGUGUUAUUUAGGUAUUGCUGUACUUGAUUAGUAUUUUGUUACAUGUAAAUAUUUACAUAUACAAUUAUAAGUUUUUGGCAUGUUUUUAAAAUUUUCUCUCCGAUUUUAAAUAUUCAUGCAUGUACAGUUUCAAGGAGAGGUAGAACAAUUGUAAGUUAAAAAGGAAUAAAUAAAACAGUGUUCACCCUAGUUUAGUCAAGUCAGAUAUUGGUACAUGUACAUUCUGCACAAAUGAUACUGAAUAUUGUCAUUUGUUGUUCUUUAAAUGACAGCUUCCAUAUUUUGUAUAACUUUUUCAUUCAAUAGUAUACAUGUAAAAUAAGUAGUGUUUAUUGUUUGUGACAAGUUUUAGAUGGGUACUUUUGGUAAACUUGACUUUGUUCUGUAUAUCUGACAAUUUUUAUGAAUAAUGCAAAGUAUUACUCAUAUACUCAUCCUGAUUUCUUAUUAAUGCUGUGAAGAAUGUUGAAAAUAGGAUACACUUUUUUCUUUUGAAAAUUACAAAAUCUUGCAGAUUUCCAUUGUUAUCUUAGUCUAUUUUUUUUCUUUUUAAAAAAUGAGCUCCUUUUUACAGAGCUAUUCUAGAUGCAGUGGUUCAUCAUGUGCUCAUCUGUUUUCCAUAUUCCAUUCACUGUACAAUAUUGAUGGAUUUUUAACUUUCAUUUUAAGAUAUCAUGUCCACGUAUUUUGAUGUAAUUUCAGUUACUGUGCAUGUACUACAGGAUUGAAUGUUCUGUCUUCCUUUUAAAACUUUAUACCACUGGGAUUUUUUUAUUAUUAUUAAACAAGUUUACCACAUA